AUGACGAAAGAUCAAUUGACUAUUAAAAAUCGUGAUGGCAACACAGCUUUUUAUGUUGCUGCAUCAAAGGGAAGGGUGGAAAUUGCCAUGGCGAUGUUUGAGGAGAGUAAAGAGUUAGCAAAUAUACGUGGAAAUGGAAAUAUGGAGAUGUUAUCAAUUCACGCAGCGGCUCAGUGGGGCAAUAACGAGAUGGUGGAGUUCCUUUACAUAAUCCAAGAACCCUUUGAAGAAAUUGAUGAAAACAGAUUAUUUCUAAAUGUGAUGAAUAGAGUUUCUUUGCUUGAUGGAUCAAAAAAGGGGUCAUUUGUAGAAAUAGGUGAGGAUGUGACAAUAAAACGUGGUUCAUUUGAAGAAAUAGAAGAGCUUGUGGCAUCUCCUCCUCACAAAGACCAAGCUGAGUUUAAUGUGAAUGUAUCAAUGAUAGAAAUUAAAUGGAGAAAUAGGCGCUUCAAAUUGUACCUGGCUGCAUUGGAAGGUGAUUGGAUCACUGCUGAAAGAAUUUACAUGGAAGAUGAAAAAAUGAUAACAGUUGAGCUAUCAAAGGAUGGGGGCACAGAUCUCCAUAUUGCAGCUGCAGCAGGGCACACUGAUUUUGUGAAAAUGCUGCUUGAUAAAAAGAAUGAAAAGGAUUUAGAAGUAAAAAAUAAUGCUGGCAAUACGGCAUUUUUUCUUGCGGCAGCCUCCGAAAGGGUUGAAAUUGUCAAGGCUAUGAUGAAGAAGAAUAAAGACAUGGUAAAGAUUAGAGGAAAAAAUGAUAUGUUACCGCUUCACAAGGCAGCUCUAAUUGGAGACAAAAAGACGGUAGAAUACCUUUAUGAAGCCACUAAGGAUAAGAUAUUUGAUCAUGAUAAUGAUCGUAUCGAUUUGCUUAUCAGCCUCAUUAACCGUGGCUGGUAUGAUAUUGCGCUGGAUUUGGUAAAGAGGCACCCAAAGCUAGCCACUGCACGAGAUAAAAAUGAGGAGACAGCAUUGCACUCCUUGGCUCGAAUGCCUGUAUUGACACCUGCUCUCGAUCUAACAGUAAGUGGAGUUUUGAAGAGAACGUUUAAUAUCAAGGAUCUGGUGAAGGACAUGGUGGAAUGCCGGAGGCAGGGGCAGGGCUGGUCGGAUCUGAUGAAGGUGUUUAUAUUUGGCAUCUUUGGUGGGUAUUUGUUUGCUUUCUUUCCUUUUUUGUUUUUAAAUUGA